CCAAAUGAAAAUAGAAGCAAAAUUAAUUAUCAUAGUGGAUUUAACAACAAAAUGUACUUUUUGGAGUUAUCAUAUGUCUCCCAAACACCACAGAACUAUUUUCCGAGAUUUGCAUGUUUAGUAAAACGUCUGCGGCCUCACCUUUCAACGCUAGACGAAGAUAGUGAAAUUUUUGAAUUUUAGAUAUAUUAACCCUUUCAUGAAUUACUGAUUUAAAUGUCAAUCGUCGACAGAACCAUCAAAGGCUCGAAGUCAAUUGAUUUCUGCACUAUUUUGGGUGAUGUGGGGUUUCCUCAAACAGGCAGAGCUAUAUGAAAUUUCUUCGGCAUGCGAUUGGACCGUCGAACAACUGCAAAGAGUAGGAAGUAGUGCCCACAAGAUAUUAAUCAGAAAAAGAAAUAUGCAGAUUGAACAAAAGCUACUUACAUUUUCUUAUCAAAUGUCUCAUAACAAGUUUUCGUUUACUGUUUUUGACCUGUUCAAGAUUAAUCGUACUUUAGUACUCAAUCUUAUAAGUUCGUCUUCUGGCAUUGUGGUGAUGCUGAUUCAAUACCAAGAAGCAAUAAAUCAAGAUCAGUGUAUAUAAAUAAUAUAUUAAUUUACCAAUUGUAAAGGUGUAAAUUUAAAUUUUCUUGUUAUUGAUUUUUGCUUGUGAUAAUGUGAAAUUAUAG